AUGGACGACUACUCGAAUGAAUACACAUGCCGCCUGAUCAGCAAAUGCCAGGCCUGUGCGCCCUCAGAGCUGAACCAGCCGUUCUGCAAGCUGAACGGAUACAAGCAGGAGGUCGCCUGCGAAUGGAACGGCACCGUGCCAAAGGACUACCAGGACUCGCACCAGCUGCCCGAGUACCAGGAAUGCGCCCACCCCGAGGAGAAGGACCGCAGGGACUUUUUCCGAAACGAAUUUCUCUUCAUCGUCCUCGGCAUUGCCGCCUUCGCCGUGUACGUCUGGCGGAAAAAGCGCAUCGGCUACUCCAGGGUCUGA